CGAACGCUCCGGAACGCUCGGCGACAGCCAAUCAGCGUAUCUCCCUGCUUUGUUAGCUCUCCUCUGCCAAAACAACAGCUCGUUUCGAUUUGUUUUCCUUUUCGCCGCGUAGCCACCAACAAACAGAGCGAGUAAAAUGUUAGAAUAAAUAAAGCGUGUAUUUGUGUUUGGUGUUAUUAUCGUUUUGGUGUUAGUCUAGACUGAAGGCAGAGGAAGUUGGAACUGCCGACGCAUCGUUCGCUGCUAGCUAACUGGAGCUAAUAUCGAGCGACCCAACAGAGAAAGCAGAGAUGGGGUCCAUCCUGAGUCGUAGAAUCGCUGGUGUUGAAGACAUCGAUAUUCAAGCCAACUCGGCUUACCGAUUUCCACCGAAAUCUGGGAAUUAUUUUGCCAGCCACUUUUUCAUGGGAGGAGAAAAAUUUGACACGCCACAUCCAGAGGGAUACCUUUUUGGGGAAAACAUGGACCUGAAUUUUCUUGGAAAUAGGCCAGUGCAGUUUCCAUAUGUAACACCUGCACCCCAUGAGCCUGUGAAAACCCUGAGGAGUCUGGUGAACAUCAGGAAGGAUUCUUUGCGUUUGGUCAGGUAUAAAGAUGACUCUGACACACUGGCGGAGGACGGCGGGAAACCAAAGGUCCAGUAUGGUGUGGAGUUCACUUUUGAUGCUGAUGCUCGAGUGGCUAUCACCCUCUACUGCCAGGCAUUUGAGGAGUUCUCCAAUGGCAUGGCAGUGUACAGCCCAAAGGAUCCGUCGAUGGCCUCUGAAACUGUGCAUUACAAGCGGGGGGUGAGCCAGCAGUUCUCCAUGCCGUCUUUUAAAAUAGAUUUCAGCGAAUGGAAAGAAGAAGAUCUGAAUUUCGACCUCGACCGAGGAGUGUUUCCCAUGGUGAUCCAAGCUGUGGUUGAUGAAGGGGACGAUUGUCUUGGACAUGCCCAUGUGCUUUUGGCAGCAUUUGAAAGACAUGUUGAUGGGAGUUUCUCAGUGAAACCUCUGAAGCAGAAGCAAAUUGUGGACCGUGUAAGCUACCUCUUGCAGGAGAUUUAUGGAAUCGAGAACAAAAACAACCAAGAAACUAAGCCAUCUGAUGAUGAGAACAGUGACAACAGCAACGAGUGCGUCGUCUGUUUGUCUGACCUGCGAGACACGCUUAUCCUGCCCUGCAGACACCUUUGUCUCUGCAACUCCUGUGCGGACACUCUGCGGUACCAGGCCAACAACUGCCCCAUCUGCAGGCUGCCCUUCAGAGCCUUGCUUCAGAUCAGAGCUGUAAGGAAAAAGCCUGGAGCUCUUUCUCCCGUGUCCUUUAGUCCAGUUCUGGCUCAGACUAUGGACCACGAUGAGCACUCAGGCACAGACUCAGUUCCUCCUGGCUUCGAGCCCAUCUCACUGUUAGAGGCCCUGAAUGGUUUGCGCUCGGUGUCUCCUGCCAUCCCAUCAGCCCCCCUCUAUGACGACAUCAAUUUCUCUGGGGGUCUGGGAGGGGACAACAGACAGUUAAGCUCUCCAGAGCAUUUAAGCGAUGGAAGUCUGCAGAAAGGCAAAGUCAGCAAGUCACCUGACAGCACCCUGAGGUCUCCAUCGUCUCCAAUCCAGGAGGAGGAUGAAGAGAAGCUGUCGGAGAUGUCUGAUGCUCAGCCACACACUCUUCUGUCCAGUAGCCCCGCCCCCACAGAUGCCACAGCGACUGAGGACGUGGCAGAAUCCCUGUCUCCAGAUGAAGAGGACAGGAUGCAUUCUGGAGGAGACAUUCUGCAGGACUGCAUCAGUGAACACAGUAGCUUGACCAAAACAGAGAGUGACCCACCAGGUGAUCUGUCUUUGCCAGGGUCAUCAGAAAGCCUGAAAAGUCAGAGCACAAACUGCUCCAGCCAGCCUCUCCUGUGUCCCACGAGCAGCCUUCAUAUGGAAGAUGAACAUCUCAUCCACUAACUCCUCCCAUCUUUGCUUCAGAGAUCAUCCAGCUCUUUCAUUCCUUUCACCCCCACAGCUCAGUCUUCUGCUUGCGUGAUCAGAGCUGACAACAGCCCCAAAAGGAAGUUAACAAGAGUGAGGCAGGACUCUGUUUAUUCCAUCAGCAUCUCUUGACAAAACAAAAGAAAUUGGACGGUCGCAAAGAUGUUUGUGAUGGCUUGUUCUAUGACUGAAGUUUAAAAAAAAAAGAUCAACUCCCCCCAGCUUUUUAUUAACUCUCGAAUGGCCUUCAGUCGUCGAGUUGUUGUUUAGUACUGUUUAUUCCAGAGAAAUUUCACUACCUGUCAUGGUGGUGCUUUUAAGCGCACUUACUUUAAAUUAACGCUGUAUCAAAGUUUUUGACACUAAAUUCUAAAGAAUUUGUAUUACUUGUGUAUCCGUGUGGCCAUUUGAGGUGAUUUUGCUCUCCCAACAAAAUCAGUUAUAAUUCAUUCCUCACAACAAAAGUAUAUAAUGACAUAUGUCUUAAGCUGUCUGCUGUCUAAAACAUCAACACAUGGUUUUAUCAUUUCAAACUAUAUAUCUAUGUAUUACAACUAGAGUCCUGUGUAGUUGCCUUUAAAAUUGUACAUUUUUUUUUAUAUAUAUAUUAUAUAAUAUAUAAAAAAAAUAUAAAUAAAGGAACUACAUUCAGUUAACAUGCACAAUAUUUAAGACUUUGAUAAUCAAAAAGAGCUACAGAUUUACAUCCUAACAGCUGAACUCAAAGAUAGCUAAAGCCUGCUACAAGCAUAGAUGCUGCACCUACAUGUUUGCUGACUUAGUGUGGCACAGUAAGGGUGCUCGUGGUAUAUGUGGCAACUUUCUACAGUCCCUUUUUUUCCGUGGCAAUGCCAGUGUCUGCUUCUGUGAUGUAGCUGCAAAAAAAGGGGUCACGUGUUUGUGUGGCUGCAGCGACUGUACUUACCUUGGUUGUGUACGUGUAGCACACUGCAUAUAGAUCUAUGUGCCUUGAAUUAAUGUGGCUGCCUGCUUGUUGCAAUGGACAUUAGUGUUCUUAAAAAUGCCACAGUAUACAACAGUUUCAGCCCGUAGACAGGAUUUUUUUUAUGCUGAUGUACAGAGCCUUUUUUUCGUAUCGCAAACUUCAUGCUACUGGAAAAACGUGUGUUGUUAUUGAGCAAUAUUCAAUUGAACUGUUCAUUUACUAUGUUAUUGCCAUGUGUUGAUUAUGCAUUCAAUAUUAGUGUUUAGGUUCAAGUGGGUUCUCCUCGUAACAAUUGUGUUUUUGAAAGGAAGGCAUCCAAUGCAAUAGAUGCAAAGGCAAAUGCAUCUUAAUAAUUGGGCUCGCAUUUGCAUGUGAAUUUGUAGAUGCUUAAACCUCUGACUCCUUUGAAUGCUUUUUUUUUUUUACUUUUGGUAACGUGCUUAUUUUGUCUUUACUCCCUCCUUUUCUGUGCCAUUUCAACUUGACACUGUGCCUUCCCGUUCUGACCACUGUUGACCUGGUAUCCAGGAUAACUCCACACUAAGUGGUAUUUGGCUCUCUGUAAAAUCAAUACCUGUCUCUUCCCGUGUGUGUAUAGCAGCAUGUGUAUAACAAUAAAGAAAGAGUCAUUACUUCAACUGCAA